AUGUCGCUGAAAUUAGAAACGGAGCGAAGCAAGACCUGGAAAGAUUUUGGCGAUGGCGUGCCUUGUGUAUUAGGUAUUGAUGAGGCUGGUAGAGGACCAGUUCUCGGCCCAAUGGUCUACGCGGCCGCAAUUUCUCCAAUGGAUCAAAACGCAGAGCUCAAAGCUCUAGGAGUUGACGAUUCAAAAGCGUUGAAUGAAGCAAAAAGAGAAGAGAUUUUCGAAAAAAUUAAUAACGACGAAGAAAUCCAACAAAUCGUUGCCUAUGCCAUCCGUUCGCUGUCUCCAGAACUCAUCAGUUCUUCAAUGCUCAAAAGACACAAAUAUUCGCUAAAUGAGGUGUCUCACGACGCAGCGAUCGCGCUGAUUCGUGACGCUUUCGCUUGCAAUGUCAACGUCGUGGAGAUCAAAGUGGACACCGUCGGCCCAAAAGCCACGUAUCAAGCCAAGCUCGAGAGACUAUUCCCUGGAAUUUCGAUUUGUGUCACUGAAAAAGCCGAUUCCCUGUUUCCAAUCGUCAGUGCCGCAUCAAUCGCAGCGAAAGUCACCAGAGACACUCGCCUGAGAAAUUGGGAGUUCAAAGAGGAAAAUAUCAAAGUUCCAGAGAACGGAUUCGGAAGCGGCUACCCUGGGGAUCCAAACACGAAGAAGUUCCUUCAGCUCAGUGUUCACCCGAUUUUCGGAUUCUGUUCGCUAGUACGCGCGUCGUGGAAGACUGCCAGCGCGAUCGUCGAGAAGCGGUGUGUUCCUGGAUACUGGGAGGAUGAUGAGGAGGAAGGGAAGCCACAGAACAAGAAGAUGAGUGUAUGGCUACAACCGAAGGAAGGAACAGAGGUGGCACCGAAGAGAAACGUCUACUUUAAAGAGAGGCAUAUGAAGAACGUUGUGUCGUUUUAG